ACUGAAGGAAUUGAAAUUUUAUGGUUAAAUACUAAGAAAUCAUCAGUUUGUUACUAACUCAAAUUCCUCUGCAGAAAUUUAGCUUAAGGACAAAAAAAUAAGGCAAGAAAAAGAGGUGACAGUUGAUAUCCCAGACAGCUCUAUUCAAGUUUAUGAAUGAUUUACACUUAAGGGUGGCAGGACUUAAUGCAAAUGAACGAAGAGGAAACUGUCAGCUGCAUUGUGGUUCAACCAAUAGAAGCACAGCUCCAUCUUGGAUGUGCACUGGACUGCAUUACAAACAGACGAUACCAUCGCUUCAACAGCAGCCUUCAGACAAGAGGUCACCUGUCCUUGAAGUUUAAAAGACUGGAAAUAGGAGAGAGAGAUACACUGAGCCAACAAGCUGAGAAGGAGCCACACAGAUUCAGAAGAGCAAUACAAGAAGUAGAAUCCCUAAGAAUGGCCUCCCUGAGCUCCAGCCUCUGGAAUGAAACCACUACGUCUGUUUAUCAAUACCUUGGUUUUCAAGUUCAAAAAAUUUACCCUUUUCAUGAUAACUGGAACACUGCCUGCUUUGUCAUUCUGCUUUUAUUUAUAUUUACAGUGGUAUCUUUAGUGGUGUUGGCUUUCCUUUAUGAAGUGCUUGACUGUUGCUGCUGUGUAAAAAACAAAACUGUGAAAGACUUGAAAAGUGAACCUAACCCUCUUAGAAGUAUGAUGGACAACAUCAGAAAACGUGAAAUUGAAGUGGUCUAGCACUCUACGAAGGUGAACAAAAUCUCUGAAAACAGCCUUCAACUACUGAGAAAAAAGGAAAAUUUUCUGAGGCCAACUGUUAUUAUGAAAAUUGACUCUGAAUGAUUAAAAGAUUUCUAAAAGAAGGGAAAAACAAGUCAAA